AUGACCGUGGAGUUUAGUGAAAAAGGUUUGGGCUCAAGUGCUCCCUCCGAAAGCGAGAAGUCCGAUGACUGUCCAACGGAUAAAAUAAAAGCUCGGGUUAGGGCUGCGCAAAGAAGCCAUCUUAUAGCCAUAUAUACAGCGUGUACAACUGAAAUUUCUACCUUUCUCGUCGUUUUUCCCGUCUACACAACAGGGCAAGCGUUCGAACUAGGUAAGCUGAGAAGAGAUUCGAAUCCCAAGGGCCCAAGUCAAGUCCAGCACCGAUCAUUGGAAAUCACUACCUGCUACGAUUCAAUAACGGCUGAAUGUCGAUCCAAUGACUUCACGAACGUUGGACUUGUCACGAUGGGUGGUGGAUCAUUCCCACUUAACUCGUACGACACCUCCGAACUGGUAGAUCCACUAAUAUAUCUGGUUCAUCAAGGUUCCAUAUCAAUGGAACUUCAUCCAGACUUCCUCGACGAGCUGGCCUUUCUACGGCAGCACAUUGAAUCGAUCCGAGCUGAACUCGCACAGUCCCAGUUUCGAUUGAAGUACUACGGCGCGGUCAACUUCCACACUGCAGAACCACCAACUUAA